AUGUCAAGAUCACCUUCACCCAGACCUGGAGGCUGGUCAAGUCCUGGCUUGAACACCCCCUACGAUUCGGGCGGGGCGAAUGGCUCAUCACAUAACGUUACUUGGGCUUCUGCUCAGGCGAGGAGUGCUGAAGUGAAGGGGUACCCAGGCUUCACCCCCAGAAAUCAGGGAUUCUUCUCGAAGCACUUCCGCAAGAUAUCCACAAGCCUGCCCAUCAGCUACGGCGACAAGGAGAAGCUUGGUCGCGGACGGUCUCAGGGCAACAAGUUCACACAGAUGUUGAACCGCGUUGGCUGGAAUCUUUGGCGCUUGAGAAGGUCGCUCGGUGUAGUGCUGCUCAUCAUCUUUAGCAUCAUUAUGUUUUAUGCGACGCCUCUGCAUCGAAUGUACAGACGAUCUGCACUCUUUGGCGGCGGCAACAAAUACGUUAUCAUCCUCGCUGCGAAUCAAGGCGGAGGCGUCAUGGAGUGGAAGGGCCCUCGCGAAUGGGCAAUCGAGCGCGACAGUGUUAAGAACAAGAAGAAGUACACCAAGAAGUGGGGCUACGAUCUUGAGAUUGUGGAUAUGAGCACGAAGAAGCGCUACGCUCACGAAUGGAGAGAGAGCUGGGAGAAGGUGGACACCAUUCGCAACGCUAUGCGAAAGUACCCUCAAGCUGAAUGGUUCUGGUGGCUCGACACCAACACCUUCAUCAUGGAACCGUCCUACUCCCUCCAGAACCACAUCUUCAAAAACCUACAAGAUGUCACGUACCGCGAUAUCAACGUAUACAACCCUCUCAACAUCUCCCAUCCCCUGACCGACGAAUACCUGGACGCUGAGACCCGAUCGCCUGUCGGUGACGGUCGUGUGGAGUCGAUCAACAUGCUGGUGCCCCAGGACUGCGGUGGCUUCAACCUAGGCUCUUUCAUGCUGCGCAGGAGUGUCUGGACAGAUCGACUACUGGACAUAUGGUGGGAUCCCGUCGGCUACGAGCAGAAACACAUGGAGUGGGAGCACAAGGAACAAGACGCCUUUGAGUACAUGUACCAGAAUCAGCCAUGGAUCCGACCGCAUGUCGCUUUCCUCCAGCAACGCAAGAUCAACAGCUUCCCGCCCGGCGCAUGCGGCGAUGGCGGCGACGACGUCAACUUUCACUACCAGGAGAAGAGUCGCGACUUCUUGGUCAACAUGGCUGGCUGCGAAUGGGGCCGCGAUUGUUGGGCUGAGAUGUACAACUAUCGCCAGCUCAGCAAUCGUUUGAACCGAAACCCCUGGGAAAAGUUCAAGGAUGGCAUCAGCGACCUCUUCAAGAAGCCAGCGAAGAAAGAAGAGAAGAAGAAGAACUAG